AUGAAGACACCAAUUAAAAACAGAGAUAGGCCGAUGUAUAAUAUAUACAAAGCUUUAGGUUUCAGAGGUAUAAAUGGUUCUGAGCUGAAAAAGAAACUUAACACCUUGGAACUUCCAGUUGUAAGAGUCAAGUCAAGUCAACAGCCAGAGGCUCGAAGAUUGGCAGAAAGAUUUUGCGAGGAUAACGAAAAUACAAUCGCGCUCUGGCCAGAGCAUGUUGAUGGUAAUGCCCCUCGACUCAAAAAAAAGGCAGUUUCAAAGCUAGGUUUAGAUUCAGAUCACGAACUAUUGACAAUACCCCGAGGAUGCCAAAGCUUGCGGCCAAGAGCUCAGCAGCUGGAGGAUGAUUACAUCUCUUCAAGAUCUGGAGCUAGCUUAAAUCCUGCGGCCGAACCAUUGGCAGUGGGACAGAUCAGACGCAGUAGUAUGAAUGAGCUCAGGGACAAUAUCCAUGUCGAAGAUUACUUUCGUCAUAUCCGGCAAAUCGUAUCAACAGAUGAUAAGGGAGUGAUGAGAGACUUUGUUUCGCAACAAUGGUUGGAGGAAGAUACAGGAGCUUCUUGGACUGGCCAAGGCAGUCUUGAACCUGAUAAUUAUAUUCUCAGAUUCAUGCAUGAGUUCAUGUAUUAUGGCACAACUCCAGAUUUGUGUGUGACGAAGUUCCUAGGUCUUUUUCAUGAAGAUCCAAGUAUAAAAGAACUUGGAAACUAUACUCGGUACAACACUCUGAAAGGUCGACUUCGUGACCGUGUGAGAAAGUUGGCGGCCUCGCUAGUUGUUAGAAGACUAUUGCUCCGCAAUCGCAGUACCGGUAUCAUUUCACGGACGAAAGAACUGGACGAGGCUUGGGAGCGGAGAAAUGAAAUCUGGAGCCAGCCUUGCAAAGCGAUUGGUGAGACCGUACCACAUAGUACACGUCGCCGAGAUAGCUAUAAAAUGCACAUGUCUCUAGCCCACAAUGAGCCUCCAAUUCUAGAUCGGGGUAGCUCAUCAGACCCCGCAAAGUCCAAACAGCCGCACAGGGCGGAUCUCUCCACAGGUUUCAGACAGGAGCAACAGCAACAGCAACAAGAAAUGCAUGGGCUAUUCACAGCCAUGGACGAAGGAGAGCCAGACGAUCAACCGCUGAUAGGAUCAAGAAAUCUGCCAGGGAACCAACCUCUCCACCUAGAAUCAAGUGAUUUUAUGAUCCGAGAAAAUAAUCUUGACGAGCGGCAGAGGUUUUCAACAUAUAACCAACUACCAACUUCAAAAGAUAAAGGGAAAGGGGUAGAUAGAGGUCAAAAUGAUCCAAUAGAAGUAUCGCAACAUGUGGCCAAUGCUUUGCAAUCAAAUGGCACAUCUCAAAUCAGAAGUUUUGUACAGUUGAUUGAGGAUGUUUUGGCGCGUAACACACUACUGAUCUCUAAACUGACUCUAACACAUCCAAUAAGCCCUAGAGCAAGGGCAGCCGCCAUCAAGUUGGAGCUCACCCCGAUCCCAGGUACGAGCUAUGGAUCACAGUUCCGCAACUCGACACUUCCUAGACAGUCCUCCACCGGGUACGGACUUAAUCCAAGAGACUCAAAGCCGUCCCCAUUUCUUACUCCUUCACCCCAGCCUGAAGCCCAAGCUCCAAUAGAAGAGCCAUCAUCUGAGGAUGAUCUCCCAAUUGCCACAUUCACCCACAACAUCAACUUUGUUCUUUUGGGGAAACAAAGAUUUGACUUUGAACAUCCUCUUAUCUUCCAAAUCAAUGACCUCGAAGAUCUUUCCCUGUCAUCGUUCAUCUCAGUCUUUGCAGAGAGAACGGGUAUCAAAGAGCAUAAAAUUGAUGGGUUGAAAUUCACUAUUUUACUGGGUGAUAAUCGGUCGGAAACGGUGAUGAAGGGGGAUAAAAGGCGCUGGCAACAGAUAGUGGAAAUUAUUGGGGAUUUGUGGAAGUAUAGUCAGGUGGAAUGGGCCAAUAAUCCAAAGUCGAAGACGAAGAUUUGUAAGAUAUUGACAGAGAAGGUUAUUGUAAACGCAUAA